GCUGAUUAAUUUCGGAUCAGCACCACCUAUCCCAUCCCCUUCCCCGGGUAAGGAGGCAGCAUGGGGGAGCCCAGCCUGGACGACGCCAAUGUCAAGGUGGCUGUUCGCGUACGGCCCUUCAACAGGAGAGAAAAGGAACUGAACACUAAAUGUGUUGUGGAGAUGGUGAAGAACCAGACGAUCCUCCACCCUGGGGGAACCAACCUUGGCAAAGCAGACCCGAGGAAUCAGUCCAAGGUCUUUGCCUACGAUCACUGUUUCUGGUCCAUGGAUGAGACAGAAAAAGAGAAAUUUGCAGGUCAGGAGGUGGUGUUCCAGUGCCUUGGGGAGAGUCUUCUCAACAAUGCCUUCCAGGGCUACAAUGCCUGUAUAUUUGCCUAUGGACAAACUGGCUCGGGAAAGUCGUACACAAUGAUGGGUUCAGUGGACCAGCCAGGUCUGAUUCCGCGCCUGUGCAGUGCUUUGUUUGACCGAACCCAGAAGGAACAGCGGGAGCAGGAGAGCUUCACUGUUGAGGUUUCCUACAUGGAGAUCUACAACGAGAAGGUCCGGGAUCUGCUUGACCCCAAAGGGGGUCGACAAACUCUGAGGGUGAGGGAGCAUAAAGUGUUGGGUCCUUAUGUGGAUGGCCUAUCUCGACUAGCAGUGGCCUGCUACAAGGACAUUGAGUCUCUAAUGUCAGAGGGGAAUAAGUCUCGGACGGUCGCUGCAACCAACAUGAAUGAGGAGAGCAGUCGAUCGCACGCUGUCUUCAACAUCAUCCUCACACACACACUCAAGGACUUGAAGUCUGGGACGAGUGGUGAAAAGGUCAGUCGGUUGAGUCUGGUAGAUUUGGCUGGGAGUGAACGAGCAGCAAAAACAGGAGCCGCAGGAGAACGACUGAAAGAAGGAAGCAACAUCAACAAGUCUCUGACGACUCUCGGCCUGGUGAUCUCUGCGCUGGCUGAACAGGGGACUGCCAAAAACAAGACCAAGUUUGUCCCUUACAGAGACUCUGUUCUGACAUGGCUGCUAAAGGACUGUCUGGGGGGCAACAGUCGCACAGCGAUGGUUGCAACCGUGAGUCCUUCAGCAGACAAUUAUGAGGAGACGCUGUCGACGCUGCGUUACGCAGACCGAGCUAAGAGCAUAGUCAACCAUGCUGUCGUUAAUGAAGACCCCAACGCUCGUAUCAUCAGGGAGCUCAGAGAGGAAGUAGAGAAACUGCGAGUGCAGCUCACUCAGGCAGAGUCUUUAAAGGCUCCUGAGCUGAAGGAGCGCCUGGAAGAGUCUGAGAAGUUGAUUCAAGAAAUGACCAUCACAUGGGAGCAAAAGCUUCGCAAAACGGAGGAGGUUGCACAGGAGCGUCAGAAGCAGUUAGAGAGUCUGGGUAUUUCUCUCCAGUCAUCAGGGAUUAAAGUCGGAGAUGACAAGAGCUUUCUCGUCAACCUCAAUGCUGAUCCUGCUCUUAAUGAACUGCUGGUGUACUACCUGAAGGAACACACCAAAGUGGGUUCAGCAGACUCUCAGGACAUCCAGCUGUGUGGGAUGGGUAUCCAGGGAGAACACUGUAUCAUCGACAUUACGCCAGACACUGCUGUUGUCCUCACCCCUUAUCGCAACGCUCGGACAUGUGUUAAUGGUUCUCCAGUAACCAGCGCUCUGCAGCUUCACCAUGGAGACCGAAUCUUCUGGGGAAACAAUCACUUCUUUAGGAUCAACCUGCCUAAGCGACGUUCCCGAGGAAUGGAGGAAGAGUAUGGUGAGGGUGGAGUAAUGAAGAACAGUGGCAGCAGCGAGCAGCUGGAUGCAGAUGGUGACACAGCCAGCGAGGUUUCCAGUGAAGUCAGCUUCUCCUACGAGUUCGCCCAAACAGAGGUCAUGAUGAAAGCCCUGGGCAAUAAUGACCCCAUGCAGGCCGUCCUCCAGUCUCUGGAGAGGCAGCAUGAAGAGGAGAAGCGCUCUGCUCUGGAGCGGCAGAGGCAGAUGUACGAGCAGGAACUCCAGCAGCUCCGCAAGAAGCUGAACCCGGACCGUCUGUCCACAGGUCAGUCUGGAGCGCCGACGCCCGGCCAGCAAGGUCCAGGACAACAGUCACACUACCGCAGCCUGGAGAGACUCAGCAUGGGAGGGAUGAGUCAUUCAACCAGCGCUCAGAGCAGACUGAGGCAGUGGAAUGAGGACAGGGAGGCAGUGUUGGUGAGGAGUCUGAGAAGGUUGAGGGAACAGAUCGUGAGGGCAAACCUCCUGGUGCAAGAAGCCUGUUUUAUCGCCGACGAGCUGGAGCGACACACUGAGUACAGAGUCACUCUGCAGAUCCCAUCAGACAACCUCAACGCAAACCGCAAGAGGGAUGCUGUGCUCAGUGAACCAGCGAUUCAAGUCCGACGUCGUUGUCGAGGGAAACAGAUCUGGAGCUUGGAGAAGAUGGAGAACCGACUGGUGGACAUGAGAGAGCUGUACCAGGAGUGGCAGGACUACCACCAACAUCACCAAGACAACCCAGUGAUGCGCUCAUAUUUCCGUCGGGCCGACCCGUUCUUCGACGAGCAGGAAAACCACAGUCUGAUCGGCGUUGCCAAUGUUUUCCUGUCCUGUCUUUUCUACGAUGUCAAGCUGCAGUACGCCAUUCCCAUCAUCAACCAGAAGGGAGAGGUUGCUGGGCGUCUCCAUGUGGAGGUGGUGCGGGUUGGAGGCGGCUUAGAGGACAACAUAGCUGGAGGAGACGAACCAGAAAACAACCAAGACACCGAGAUCCAGGAUCGCAAAUUUAUAUGCAUGAUUAAGAUCCUGCAGGCCACUGGUCUUCCCCAGUACCUCUCCAACUUCGUCUUCUGUCAGUACUCCUUCUGGGACCAGUCUGAGCCAAUCAUCGUGGCUCCUGAAGUCGACCCAUCAUCCUCGUCACCCAGCACCAAGGACCCACACUGCAUGGUGGUGUUUGACAGCUGCAAGGAACUGGCGGUGUCAGUGUCUGAGGAUUUCAUCGAGUACCUCACGGAAGGGGCUGUCGCCAUCGAGGUUUAUGGCCACAGGCAGGCAGAUGCAGGCAGGAACCCCGCCCUGUGGGACCUCAGCAUCAUCCAGGCCAAGACACGCACACUACGAGACAGAUGGAGUGAGGUAACACGUCGUCUGGAAGUGUGGAUUCAAAUCCUGGAGAUAAACGAGAACGGAGAGUUUGUCCCAGUGGAGGUGGUUCCUGCUAGAGAUAUACAGACCGGGGGAAUCUUCCAGCUUCGGCAGGGUCAGUCAAGGCGGAUCCAGGUGGACGUGCGUUCAGUUCAGGACUCGGGCACCAUGCCUCUGAUUGCAGAGAUAGUGCUUGCGGUGUCGGUGGGCUGCGUUGAGAUCAGGAACACUGUAGCAAACCCGGAAGGAGAUGAGAUGGACAGUUAUCAGGAAAGAGAUCUGGAACGUUUGCGGGGGCAGUGGUUAACCGCUCUCACCAAGAGACAGGAAUACCUCGACCAACACCUGCAAAGCCUGGUCAGCAAAUCAGAGAAGACAGAGGAUGACAUGGAGAGGGAGGCUCAGCUGCUGGAGUGGCGCUUGACUCUGACAGAGGAGAGAAACGCCGUCAUGGUGCCCUCUGCUGGCAGCGGCAUUCCCGGAGCGCCUGCUGAAUGGGUUCCUCUGCCAGGCAUGGAGACGCAUACUCCUGUCCUCUUCCUGAACCUCAAACCCGAUGACCUCAGCUCUCAGGACCAGUUUGAGGUUCCUGAGGCCGGAGGUUUGGAUGCGUCUCUGAGUGGAGAAGAUGAGGAUGACUACUUUGACCUGCAAAUUGUCAAACACUACGAUGCAGAGGUGAAAGCAGAGGCAUCAUGGGACUCCACCAUUCAUGAAUGUCCCCAGCUCAGUCGUGGUGGAGCGUGGCCCGAGCAGCGGGUAUACCUGACCAUCAGAGUAAUGGUUCAGCUCAGCCAUCCUGCCGACAUGCAGCUGGUGCUGAGGAAGAGAAUCUGUGUCAACGUCAAUCCCGGCCGCCAAGGCUUUGCCCACAACUUCCUCAGAAGGAUGUCCACCCGCAGCACCAUACCAGGCUGUGGGGUCACGUUUGAGGUGGUCUCCAACAUCCCCGGGGACGCCCCUGGAUCAGAGGACAGGGAGAUGCUGGCCAACCUCGCCGCCAGCGCACACAACAGCCAGUCAGGAGAUGAAGAGGCUGCCAUCGAGAAAUACCUCCGAAGUGUCAUGAGUCUGGAGAACAUCCUGACUCUGGACAGACUAAGACAGGAGGUAGCAGUGAAGGAGCAACUGGCUGGCAGAGGCAGGAGCAACAGACGGAGCCUAAGUUCUCCAUCUGUCCACAGGCUGUCUGGAAGUAGACAAGAUUUAUCCACAACCUGCCUGCUGGAUGAUAAGGGUCGAUGGGAGAGUCAGCAGGACAUCUUCAUGCCUUCUCAGUUUCACCGCACCCUCCCCCGCCCAGCCUCCUCCCCGUCCACCUACUCCACCUCCCCUUCUUCAUCCAUUACUUCCUUCGCUACAACCCCGCCACAGAAUCAGGAACCAGAGCAAGGUCGCUUAGGACUUGCUGCCUCUUAUCUUUCAGUGAAGGCGCUGGUUCCUCAGAUGCCAAAACUGCUAAAGUCCCUGUUUCCUGCACGAGAUGAAAAGAAGGAGCUGAGACCGUCGCCGCAGAGCCAGCAGCAUGUGCCUCGCAUUGUGACAUCACCCGGAGGGGACGACAACAGAGUCAAGACAGAGACGACCGUUAUUCUGCAGCCCCCAACCAAAGACAAGCGGGCAGAGUUCCCAGAAGUCCCUCCUCUUCCUGUGCAUGACCCGCAUGACAUCACCCCCCUCAGCCAGUCGUCAAGCGGCUACUUCUCCACUAGCGUUUCUACGGUUACCCUGUCUGACGUCCUCCAACCUUCCUCCUCGUCCUCCUCUCUCCUGGCUGCUGAGACCGCGUUACCCUCAAAUCCCCAGCAGCAGCAGGGUGCUGACAGGAACGAUGUUGUGACCUCUCCUUCUCAGUGUGCCGCCAAGAUGGCCGUCAUCGCGCCACCCUCUUCAAACAGCUCAGCCAAUCACAACAACGUCAAGGCGGAAAACUCCUUCUCCAAACAGAAGCUGGUAAAUUCAGGAGGAGGAGGUGAAGGGUUUGAGCGGCUGGAAAUCUUUGUGGACGAUGAAGAGCGUAGCCGUUUGGACAUUCUGCCUGAUUGGCUGACGGACGGGUCGUAUGUUACAGUCGGAGGCAAUAAGGCGGGGACAGUGCGCUACAUGGGAAUGACGCAGUUUGCUGAGGGCGUGUGGGUGGGGGUGGAGCUGGAUACGCCUGUAGGUAAGAAUGACGGAUCAGUCGGAGGUCACCGGUACUUCCACUGUAAACCGGGUUACGGGGUGCUGGUUCGCCCAGACCGUCUGUCCUGUCGUGACCGGACCAGUCGGCAUACGGGAGAGUUUGCUCCUGCCGCCCACGUCCCCAUCCUGCGAGGAGAACCCAUUGUUGCACGGAGGGGGGAGAACCGCAAGUCCUGGAGCAGUUGAAACACAGAAACAAGGAGCUUGAUGGGAGAAAUGAACUCCUUACAACCCUGCUCCUCCUGCUCCACCUGCUCCUCCUGCUCCGGCUCUCAGCUAUGCAACAGGCUUACGCAUCAGAACUAACUUACUGCCAAUGCUCCUAUUGAAGGAAACGACACUCACAUCCAUUCACUGUUAAUGGAUGGAAAGAGACAAUUCAGAGUGAGUUGAUGAAAGACUAUGCAGUGUAUGCAGAAGUCUAUGAAAGGACAUCUCGGAACGUGAAUUUAAAUGAAUGGCGGUCAGUGGGACGACUGCUGAGAGUGAAUGGAAGCAGAUCUUCUCAUGUUUGGAGCGUCAGACCUGUUGGAGGGAGUGGACUGGACGCUGCAGACGCUCUGAUCUGUUUUCUCUGCUGAUAUACACGGAUGCAAACUACUCACAUUUAACUAUGUUUUAAAUCCGGGGGAGGUAAAAAAAAAAAAAAUGCUGUCAACCCUCACAGUGGCUGCUGACUUCUGCUGCGUUUCCAACCUGUGAUGUGUUUGCAUCCCUGGAUAUAAGUGUAGACCUGAUGUCCCAGAAUUCCCUGCUCUGGCUGCCACUUCCCUGAACCCUCUGGGUCCAGUUUGCAGACUGACACUUUGACUCGUCAAUGGAGACUCGUCUCUCCCUCCCCCUCCGACUCCUUUUCUUUUCUCUCGAAGAUGAGACUCUCCCAAAAUGUGCCUUCACCACGGCUUGUUUUGCAAUUUUUAUUUCUGUGUAUUUAAUUUCUGUUGGCUGUGUUUGUGUCGAGGAGAAAGCCUUGUGCUACGUGUGAGGUGAUCUCAGGGACUGUAGUGGGGAAAGGUUAAGGAUGGGCGCGUGUGUGUUUGUGUGUAUUUGUAAAUGUUGUACAGUGUUGACAUGUGUGCACAAGAUCAUGUUGUUGUAGUCGUGUUGGUGUUGAAGAUGAGACGUGUAGAGCAGGAAAAGUGUGUCCUUGUUGGACAGAGCCACUAUGGGAGAGAGUUAGUUUGUACUGGGAGGUUUUAAAAGUCGAUUUUGCACUUGAGAUGUUGGAUAAGAAGCUUCUGUACGUGAGGUGGCGAAAUGGAGAGGUAGGGGACAUGAUAUCAGACAGAGGCUGGUGGAAUGUGGAGACAAGCGUAUCUGGGCUUUCUGGAUAUCUGAAUUUGACAGGGAGUUUUGUGGUCGUCCUCUGAAACCAGGAGGUCUAUAGAGUAGUACUGUGGGGGUGCGUUGGUGGAAAUAGGCACGUGUGUACAUUGAGGAAAAGAAAGUACGAUAUCCUGCAAGGAGCUUCAGGCUUGAGAAGAGGAAGGAUUUGCUUCUAUGCAUUUUAAUGUGCUUUUAAAAGAAGUCUAAGAAAAAAAGAAAUUUAAGUUUUAUAUUUUAUUUCUAAAUGACACACAAAUGGGAGAUGAGCUGAGAUGUACAUUUUGGGAAAGUUUUAAAACACCGAAGCAGUUUGGACUGAUGGAACAUUCCUGACACAUCUGCUGGAGGAAAUGAAGACGAUGGGACGAACUUUGGGAUUUUUUAAUUUUUAAAUUAAUGUUUUUAUUGAAAAUCCUUGAGGGACUUUUAACGUUUGAUACUGACCUCAUUCCUGUGUAAUAAUUUAUAGGAAAGCAUUGGCAGUGCACCGCAGCUGUUGGAUACUUAACAUUGGCCAUAAAUCCAUGAGGAAUGUUGACAGAAUACACAUGCGCUUGAAAAACGUUUCCAUAAGUUAAAGGGCCAUUCCAAACGUUUUCCAGAUGAAGUUCAGUUUAUUCCUCCUCAGCGUCUAUAGACAGUCGUAUGCUGUCUCGUCUGGUGUGGCUCUGGAGGAGCUUUCUGUCCGGUCUGAGGAAAUAACCCUAUGAUGUCAUCAGGGUUAUGCCAUGAAGACUACAAGGAAAGAGCAGAGUUUGAUGGAUGUGUGUUCAUCAUGUGGGAAGGGUCUAAUGAAAGAGUCACAAAAGCCGUUUUCAGAAAUGACCUGCGAGUAAAUCCGGACAAUUGGCUCCGGAGGUUACCCACAGUUUGUCUUUCACUCAACACAGCGGGAGGUUUUCUGCACAGACACUUUCACAACAGCAUCAAAUCCUCUGCAUUAUUCAGGCGAGAGGUGGAGCAGCUGGGUGCAGCAGGCAGAGGCAGGAAGUGACGUAUAAACUCCGCUGCGGAGAUCACGUGAUGUACUUUACUAAAAACAGAGACCGGUGUCGGCUCUCAUCAUCACGUACUCUCUGGGAUCACUCGCAGUGGUUUAUAGGAUGCACACUUCCUUUACUCUUCAAAGAAUUACGUACUAGCUGGUUGGCCAGUUUUUUUUCUGAAAAGUCAAUGCAGAAAAUGAAUUGGAAAUUUCCGAGUCAGCCUCUCGGAGCGAUCGUGCUGAUUGGCUAAAUCUGCCAGGUUCGGUUCAUAUCCUGAUGACGACGAACCGUAAUGUGUUCGUAGGCAUGUUCAUUCAUGUUCACUGACUCAGGCGUUGUCGUCGUUGGCUGUUUCUAUGGUAACAGUUAAUUGCAUACAAAAGAAUCUGAUCGAUUUCAGAUGGAGAUGAUAUAGCAACUUGUAUAAAUACAUUAUAUGGAAUACUAUAUGUGCAUGUAAAGGCACUGAGUAUGUCCAAACACUAUCGUCUUUAUUGAUAACAUGUGUUUGUUUUUCCUCAUUCCUGUAUAUCAUGUGUUUCUUAAUUCAAGAAGCGAGAUCUUACUAUUUAUAUUUAAAUGCUCGUACACAUGCCUUUAUCGCAUGAAAAUUGAUAAAGCCUUUUAUUUGAAUAAAUCUUGCACAAAUGAUUCCAUGAAAAUUGCUGCUAUUAGCAUUGUAAAUUUACCUGUAAAUGGAUCAAUUGAUUUAUCUAUCACUCUCUGUGUAUCUUUCUGUUUACGAGAUUGGACUUCUAUAUUUGUCUUUUCUUUUUCAAUCCUGAUGGAGAAACUAAUGUCAGCGCUUUGGGUUCAGUGACCAAUAUAUUUUUCAUGAAGAGGUAACAUUUUGAAAACGAGGCACUUUGUACAGUGAGCCUGGAAGAAGAGAUGGCUAGAAAAUAAAUCCGCUCUGCAUUGAUUUUAAAGGAGGAAUGAAACUCAGAGGUGUGUUAAAGCUGAAGUGAGAGACAAGGACACGGUGUGUCGCCAUCUUCUAGUUAUUGUCUGUGUAUUUAUUACCGGCCUUAAAGCCCCAGGACCCUGGAGUUCUCUGAUUGGUUGGUUGGUUGGUUACUGUAGGUCUGGUAUGUUAAUGGUCGGCAGGUUUGUGAGGUGCUAUGUAGUUUGGACUUGUUGGUUUAGUUUUUGUUAAAUUGUGGAUCAUAAUAGUUGCGUGGUAAAUGAAGGGAGGGAGGAACGUUUUUGUGUGUGUGUGUGUGUGUACGUGUGUGUGGGGGGGCUACAGGCUUUGAUCCAGUUGUGUCAGCGAGUUCUUACCGAGAUGGGAAACGACCAAUGGCUGCGUCUUUCCUCACGAUACUUGUAGCUGUGAGUGAGAGACGCUCGCCCGAUCCCCCGUCUCUGUGGCCGGUCGUCUUUCCCGUCCUGGUCUCAGCUUGCACACUUGGGUUCGGGGGUUAGAGAUCACUUCUGGCUUCUGGCUUCUUUAUGUUAUUGUGCCUCUGAAACCACGAGACCAUGUAUCUUCCACACACUGUUUUUCAUAUCAGUGCUUCAGUUCAUUUGCACAAACGUCUCCAGAGGGAAUCAAAUAAUUCAUCUCUGGAACAAGUAGGAAAAAAAUAUAACCAGAUUUUUAUCAUUCAGAUGUUUUUAUUUUCAGCUUUCAUGUCAACAUUGAGGUUUUUUGGAGCAAUAUUCCUUCACCCACUGUUCUACUGCCAGUCAUGUAAAAAGAGGGAAAUCAAUAAUAUUGCAACACAGUAUUUUACACCAGAGCUCAGCUCAAAUGUAGUGGUCAGAUAACUUCCAGCAAACCUCUACUUGUCUCAAUGCAGAUGCAGCAUCAUGCAUCAUCAGGUGAAGUGUGACACUGACAUCAGAUAGAAACACAUGAUCCACAUGAUCCACAGAGCAGCGAGCGCCGUCACACAAAGACAAACUAGCUUCAGCCAUAACUGUUCUGAACGGACUCAGUGUUGUGGAUCCACUUCAGUGAUGGUGUCCAACUGUAGAUUAGAUUAAAGCCUUCAGUAUUAUUCAUGUGACUGUAUCCACCAUCAGAACCACAUUUUGUCAUUUUACUUAUUUGUCCAAGAACUUUCACACCAUGUACUGAUCUGAGUCUUCAGCCCCACACAAUGUUUCGCUUUUUAUUUGACUGUUUUAUUCUUGUUUCUUUAUUUUUGUCGUAAGUGCUUCUGUUUUGCUCAGAUUUCGGUUCCAUAUCUUUUGUUGCAUUUGGCCUCGUGCUGCUGCAGCGGUGGGACCUCUGGUUCGGAGCAGCGUGUCUCCUCUCUGCCUUAACGUGGCCUUUAAACUGGAGCCAGACCGGUUUUAGCAGAAAUAAUCCCAACUGCAAAACCCUCAGUGUCCUGUGCGGACUCAGUGUGAGCGUUCCAAACCCAUAUUAACCCACUUUGGUUUGACUAUGAAACAAUAAAGACGUAAAAAACCUGGAGUCAUUUGGUCACAAGAGGGAAGGCAAUUAUGUCGCCCCCUGGUGGCUACUGUCAAACUUUAAAUAUUGCAUCCCUCCACUGCCCUCCAGCAGCGUGCCUCACAGCGUCUGCCUGCCCGGGACCACACCAAACUUUUCAAAUCUUCUAAGUAGCAGGUUUUAUUUGUGUGCUUUGGAUUCAAUCUUCCGUUCCUGCCUCCGUAGCGAGUUUCCACCUUGUGACUACCUCUGUCCCUCGUCGCGGUCGUCCAGACAAUGCUCUGCCAACUUCCUCCCUGAGGCCUUUUAGCUGAUAAAGAGCUGUACCUGCUUCACUUCUCAACUGUCUGCAAUCCAGCUCUCUUCCACGUAUUAGCAAUACACGGCUGCGAGGUGAUAUGGCACAACCUUUUUACAGCUUUAUUUAUUUUCCAUUGAGAGCUGCAGCUGCUUCUCGCGGUGCGUUUUAAAGACAGUUAACAAUAUUCCUCCCAGGUACCUGCAGCCAUAAUAAACUGAGCUGUGUAAUAAUAGAAGCUGAAGUGGAGGGUUUGGUGCUUUUAAAGUCAGGGAGAUAUUCCUGCAAAAGAAAAGAAGAAGCCCUUCCAGUCCCUGUAUCCUGUAACACAUUUACAUCAUCAAAAUGGUUUUAAUGUGGCCUCGGCCUCGUCUGCAUUAUCAAUAUAUCUCCAUCAUCCCGACUAAUCGAUAUCUAUCAUUGCUACUGUUGAUUCUGUGGAGCAGGUUUGUGUUGAUGUGUCGUUUGUGCGUGCGAGUGCACCAUCAGAGUGGUAGUUCAGUGUAUGUGUGUGUAUAAAUAUGCGCAUAUUAAGACUUAUAAAAACAACCAUCUGAGCACAAGUUUGGGUUUGUUGAUUAAUUUAAUGGUUUUAUGUAAUUCUAUGCUGCAAUCCAAAGAAUAAACCUGUAUUAUAAUACAUUUAUAAUUUUCAUUUUCUAUCAUCUGAACAGUAAUCUGGUAAGAAAGAAAUAAACAAAGGAAGAUUAACAAGA